GAAGCGGAUAGGAAUAAGAAGUUUGUAAAUCGAGACUGUGAUAGUUCGAAUCAAGCUGUUUUACAAGUUGUUUUGGAUAAAUAAACUACAGUGCUAACUUUUUCAAAUCUUAUUCUGUAGUUGCUGGGACACAUCGGUCCAGUCCACAAAUAGAAAUUCGUGCUGUUUUGCUUUGUGAUACGCGUCUGAUUGUUUCUGAACAAAUAUGUCUAGUAUGAUAACAUAUGAUUACGAUAACAUUUUCUACCAGAUGCUCCAUCGCAAAUUACAACUGGAACCGGGCGUAGUGUUGUAGAUAACGUUUCUGCCAGAAUGGUGAAAUUUAAAUGGUGCAAUUUCAACCUAAGAUACCUAAAAUAUAACCGCAAGAUUGACGUAGGACUACCGUUGGCUUAGUAAUCGUUUGAGUGUAUUGGUAAAAUUAUUGAUUCAACUGAAUGAAACGAUUUCCGAAUUCAAUUGGGGACAAAUCCCAAUUUAGUACAAUUCAUGCAUUGUGAUAGGUUACGUUCUUCGUGAACGCUAGAAUAGCUGAACGAUCAACGUAUUUUACACUUCCCUCUGAAGUUAUUGCAUCUCCCAAGUGUCUGCUGGAGUAGCGCAACCACGGCGUCAUCGAAGGAAAUGAAGCGUGAAGUUAAUACAAAAUGAAUGUGGUAUUGUAGCUGAGAAAGCUGAUCUAAAAGUUGACGUUAAAACAUGUGCUUGUGAUGGAAAAUUAGGCUGUGUAAAUUUUUUACUUUUGUUGUGAUAUUGUUUAUACAGAGUGUAUAGCUUAUGAAGUGCUGUCGAAGAUAAAAAUACUUGCAUUGAUUGUUGAAUGCAGAACGAGAAAAAUCCAAAAAUUGUUGCUGCUCUGGCGAUCAUCUACUAAUAACCUUGGCGAGAAUGGCUGCGAACGAUAAUCUAUUAGAUCAGAGAAAAAAUGGAUCCAUCAGUAUCGUUGGGAGUAGAGGUCCCAAUCAUGAUACGGAGAAAGCACCUUUCCUGCCAACGGAACCUGUCCGACUCACGCCGGCUUGGGAAGAAACUAAUCUUCCCAAUGAUGAACUCAAUUUCAAGGGGAUGACGAUGGAACGGGCCAAAAUGGAAUUGAACCCACCGCGGGACAAACUGCUGCUCGUUUUCCUAACGCUCAUGAUCCACGGCGUGGGUACGCUGAUGCCCUGGAAUAUGUUCAUUACUGCCAAAUCGUACUUUGUAGAUUAUAAGCUCAGCCAGAACUAUACCGGUAUGGAGUCCGAGUACGGAACCUAUUUUCUGUCUUAUGUUGGAUUCGCAUCGCAGAUUCCUAACCUGUUGUUCAAUUGGUUGAACAUUUUCGUUAAUCUUGGAGGAAAUCUUACGAAGCGCAUUGUAUACAGUAUUCUGAUUGAAGUGAUCGUGUUCGUUGUAACUGUGGUACUCGCAAUGAUCGAUUCUGCUGACUGGCCAGGUGCCUUCUUCUGGAUAACCAUGGUAACAGUGGUUAUCCUUAACAUGGCUGGAGGUAUCUACCAGAACACAGUUUAUGGCAUGGUGGCCAAGCUCCCGUUUAAAUACACCGGUGCGGUUGUGCUCGGAUCCAAUAUCAGUGGCACUUUCGCAUCAAUAAUCGCCAUUCUAAGCUCGCAGUUUGCAUCGUCGGUGCGAACUGCUGCCAUCUACUACUUCAUAACGGCAAUGUUCGUGUUGCUCAUUUGCUUUGACACCUACUUCGCUUUGCCUUUGAACAAAUUUUACCGCUACCACGAGAUGCUGAAAGAGAAGGAAGCAGAAACAAACAAGAGGGCUGGCAUCAACGUUGAUGGUCGACCUCCCUUCUUGACCAUCUUCAAUCAAGCCUUCCCUCAGCUAUUCAACGUGUUCUUUGUGUUUUUCGUUACGCUAGCUGUUUUUCCCGCGGUGCAUUCGGAUGUGAAGCGGUCGAGUCCGGAUUUUCUGAUCGAGGACGAUCUGUACGUGAGCAUCACCUGCUUCCUGACAUUCAACGUGUUCGCGAUGUUAGGUAGUUUAACGACCUCCUGGGUGACAUGGCCGAAGCCAAAAUAUCUGGUAUACCCAGUUAUUCUCCGGGCCGCGUUCAUACCACUGUUCCUAUUCUGUAACUAUCGCCCGCUGGGAAUUGAACGGACGCUGCCGAUCUACAUCGACAACGAUUGGGUCUACUGGACUGUGGCUGCCGUGAUGGCCUUCAGCUCCGGCUAUCUGAGCUCACUGGGAAUGAUGUACGCUCCGCAGACAGUAGAAUCGCGGUACGCAGUCACGGCGGGAAUGUUUGCCGCAGCGAUGUUGAUCACCGGUAUAUUCUCCGGCAUUCUGUUCUCGAUGGUUUUUCCCAUGGUUGUACAGCACAACUUCCUCGAGUGGUUGCACUAGGGCUGGCGCUGGGGAAUCGGACUGCUGGCAUUGGAUAGCUAGAUCCAUCGUUUCCACCCGGCUCCGGAUGCGUCAACCGAUAGUCACGCACUCUUGAAAAACUAUGCGUUUAGUGAAACUCAUAGAUGCGCUCAAUUUUCUUCUAUUUUAUUAUUUUUUAACGAAUUUUACGGUUUUUAGUUCUUUCUUAGUAAAAAGUAGUUUUUUUCACUUUUUUUUAAACGGAACCAAAUUAUGAAUACGUAUCAUCUAGAUAAGAACAAAAAGUAAUAAAUAGGGAUUGUUGAAAAAAUGCAGCAAACCAAAAUUGAUAACAUAAUGCUAAUAACAUUAGGUUCUUCAUAUUGUUUUCAUAUCGUAGAAUUUACGAAUUAUUGUAGAUUCUAUGUUUGUUUUUAGCUUGUCUGUCUUUAUUUUUCGUUUUAUCUUAAUUUAAAUUCUUGAAGACAACUUUUUUCCGUUGUUAAAAUUGCUCUUAUUUGAAAUGUAACAUAAGUCUUGCGUAGUUAAGUUUAGGCAUGAAUUAGAAUGAUCGCAUUUUAAUUUAUAUUGUAAUAAGAUAAUUGUUACAUUAGAAAGUGUAUUUUUACAAAACCAAAAUUCGUUUAAUUCUAUAUGCAUGAAGAAUUUUCCUUUUUAUUUUACCCUCACAGAAGUCUUAGGACAGCUGCAAUUCGAAGUUCUUCGUUGCUUGUAAUUUGUUUUUUUUUAUACUACGAAAGCGGAUAUCCAGAUAUGAUUCUGUCUGAAAUUCACAAUCAUCUUGUCGGAACAAACCUUGGUGAAUCGGAUUGAGGAAAGUUUGCAAUCGAAGGCUUCGUGAUUAGCUAAAGCAGUUAUACGGUCCGUGGGUUGCGUGUGGUCCAAAGUGUUCUUCUGGUUGGCUUCUGUACGUGUAACAACGAAAACCUAAGAAAUAAUUACCUAUUAUAUAACGUAGGACUACGUCUUUCAAUAAUGGAAGAGAAGAGAGCAUAAUUCUUAUAAAAUAGAAAUAGCAAAAGCAGCGUUCAUUCUACGUAAACAUAAAUAUUGCAAUUUAAGCUACGCCCGUUUUUUUCGAGUAUGAACAAACUGUUCGCGAUUUCACAGCGUUCACGAUUCAUCAAGCAUCCAGCUAGCGACCAAACUAAGGAAGUUUAAAGCAUCUGUAAUUCAAACCAUGAUCAUCAUUAUUCAAGUCACAGCCUCGCUCCAGCUAGCAGAUAGUAGUAUUUCGCAAUGCUGAUGUUUGACACAGCUGUUUUGUUCGAUACAAAGGAACAAUGGAAGAUUGAUAUCGCUUGAAAUAGGAUUGGGCGAUGUUUCGAAAAAGAUCGAUCUUGACGGAUCGAUUUUCAAAACGGCGUAAGGAUCGAUUCACUGAUCAAAUCGGUAGUAAAGAAUCGAUCUUUGCUGAAUCGAUCUUCGUAAACUCGAAUGCCUUUUAUCCAAUUUAUUUCAUUGUUCCAUUAAAGUGUUGCUUUGAAAAGAAUGGAUGCAUUUUUUCCAAUUUAUCUACUUGUUCCAUUAACUUUAAACAUUCCAUUUAACACAUUUAAACAUAGAAUAAACAAUUCACCUUUCUAUUCAAAUAUCAAAGGAUUAUAUUUUUAUUCUCAGCAUGCACAUUAACGCUUAGAAAAAUCGUAUUUUCCAGGUCAUUCAUCAUAGAAUUUUUUAGUUAAAUAAAUUAAUUUAAAAUCCUUAUAAGAAAUUCAACAACUGAUAUUCAUCCUGAACUUUGCUGACAAUAAUCCCAUAAAAUACAAUCAGGCCAUACGUCUAGUGUGUGGUAGUCUUGGAUUUGAAAAUCUUGAUAAUAGUCCCAGUUCUAGAAAAAAAAACGCUUUAGCUGGACCUGAUGUCACCAUCCAAUUUCGUUACAAUUUUUACUGUCAUCAUAGUGAAUGUGAUGGUGUUAAUAUAACUUGUGUACUUGUUUUUUUAAUGCCCAACUUUACAAAACUGCUUCUCCCAAAUUUGCGACCACUAAUUUGAAAUUGGAUUGGAUUGGAAUUUUGUCAAAUUUGACCUUGAAAGGGAUCCAAUGUUUAUGAAAUUUGUUAUCAGACUAAUUUUUGUUGAAAUUAACAUCAAUGUUAUCUGAAAAACUAAUUUACAAAAAUUUUCAUACGAUCAAAGCGAUCGGAAAGAUCGAUUUUCUCGAUUGUUUUGGAGUACAAAUAAUCGAUCCAACAAAUCGGAAAUCGGAGUCAAAAAUAUCGAUCUUCUGAAGGUCGAUCUAAGAUCGCCCAAUCCUAGCUUGAAAGCAGAUUGCAGAUUUUCUUAGAUCAUUCGCUUCUAGCCUUAAAAAGGCCAAUUUGGAAAACUAAACUAAACAUUCGACCUUGAGAAAGACCAUUAGGAAAGGCUCGCUGCCGCUGUCAUUAAUCGAUCAAUUAAUUUUCGUGAAUUCAGCAUUGUGUCCGGGUUAAAAGUGGCGUCAAAGUGCAGCGCAUUCCAAGUCGUAUUUUCAGCGUUGUUAAUUGCGUUCUUCAGUGGAAAACUGAAGAAAAAAAAUGUUCUGCAGUGGUUGGUGUCGACGUCAUCACCCUAUCACACAUCCGAUUCGGUUCGCAUUCUCUGUUGCCGUUUUGCGUAUUUUUCGGAGCGUUGGAAAUGUUCUUUUACUAAGGGUGGGUUUAGACUAGUGAUAUAUUCAUGUGAAGAGAUUCAUAGAAAUCGCAUCAACUGUUUACACUAGCAUGAACUUCUAUAAUGAAUAUAUUCAUAUUUUCGGUGAAUUUAUUCACCUGAAGUAGAACUGCAUCCAACUUUAGUGAUUUCUCACCAGUGAGAAAUUCACAAGCGUUUACAUAUGCUGAAUUUAUUCAAGUUAUAUAUACCUCGAAUAAGUGUAUCAUAUUUAUUCUCACCCGUUUACACCUAUAUUCACGUAAAUAAAUCCAUCUAUAGCUAUAGAUCUCCCUAAUGUAAACCCGCCAUAAGAGAUACUGAAAAACAACAUGGUUGUUCAAUAAAUUCAGUGUUUCAGUGUCGCUUAGACAGCGGAGUAAAAUGAAAAUCUCAACACUGAACAUGUAGGAAAAAAUGAAAAGUUUCGAAUGCUCAUAACUCACGCAUUUUCCAUAGAUCGCAAAGAUAUUUGCAUCAACUGAUAGGAAAUAUCCUGAAAAAGUUGUUGUCAGAAAAACUUUUCUCUGUAAAAGUGUCUUCCGAAGUAUGAGAGUCUUGUUGGAAACUGUAUGGGCUAUUUAUAUCUAUUUUGUCGGAAUUUUCAAAACACAUGUUUUCGAGAAAAAUCAAUUUUAAUUUUCAGAAUAUUUUUUUUUCAAAAAAAUGUUUCAUAUUUUUUAAUGAAAGCCUAAGUAAUUUCCUACAUUUCGUUCUUUAACCUACAUUUUGUAGAUCUUAGGGAACACAUUUCGGUGGAAACAAAAGCUCCCCCUACUUUCAUGUAUUUGCGAUUUCUCUAUGUGCCUUGGUUUUGAAGUCUGUAGUUUCAUAAAAUAUAUUAUUUUAUUCAUUUUCACUGUAAUGAAUUGUUAUGGGAUGCCCAAAAUGAUUGAUGCAAAAUUCUCGUAAAUCUAUCAGAAACUGACUGAGCAAAAAUUGCGAGUACAAGAGGAAGCAUGUAUAUUAAACCCGACCAAUCAGAACGAGGUAAAGAGUAUUUCAAUAGGGACGCUACAAAAGUAGACCAAUAGAGACGAGAGCGGGAAAAAUAUGGCAAACGACGCCAUAUUUUUUCCGCUCUCUUGACAUUUCUCUUCAGUAAGGUUUGCCAUUUCAUAAUGGAAAGAUAUACGAUCCAACAACGAGAUUAUUAAAGUUUACUACCGAAAAUCAUCUUCAGCGAUGAGGCUCAUUUCUGAUUGUAUGUCUCCGUCGAUAAGCAAAAUAUGCGUUAUUAGUUAGGCAGCAAUCCACACGUACUCCAUGAGUUACCAUUGCAUCCCGAAAAAAUUGCGGUUUGGUGCGGUCCGGCAGCGUCAUUGGGCCGUAAUUCUUCCGUGAUGAUCAAGGCCGGCACGAUACUGUGAAUAGGAAUCGCUACCGCUCAAUGAUAACCGAAUAUUUUUGGCUCGAAUUGGGUGAUAUGGACAUGGACAAUAUGUGGUUUCAACAGGACGGCGCCACAUGCAACACAGCGAAUUUAAUAAUCAAUUUGUUGAAAACCGAGUUUGGUGAGCGUGUUAUCUCACGAAAUGGCCCAGUCAAUUGGCCGCCUCGGUCGUGCGAUUUGACGCCGUUAGACUUCCUCAAGAAAAUCUGGUAUUCGUUAAUACAUGUUUAUUAGGUUAUCCAGGAAGUUUGUGUCGCCACUGAUGACAAUCAAAACAAUCAAUGUUGCCAGACAACCAUUCGUUUCCAAAUUAACGAUGUUCAUACCGUUCUGAAUCAUAUUUCGGACAACAUCAUAUUUGUUCUAAUAUCUUGAAAUGCUUAAUGCGCUGAUGAUAUAACUAUAAAAUUAAUAUCACAAUUACUUCUUUAGAGUAAUCCCUUGGUUUCACUAUCACUUCAUUUGAGAUUUACAUUUGAAUUAUUACAUAGUAGGAAAAAAUCCAUCCAAAAUCCAAAAUCCACUCAUUAUCGUUUGUGUUUGACAUUCGCUUAUCGUGAGCACGUAAAAUUUACCCCUACAUCAAUAUUUAAAUUUCUCUCGUGUUUCAUCAGUUCUCAUCAUCGUUAUCAGCUUACUGUGACUGCUUGGUAAGUGUUUCGCAGUUAACUUUAAAAUAUAAUCAAGUGUAAUGUAAUUUUCGUUCCAAAAAUUACAAAAUAAAGUGUCCGAAAUUUGAAUUCAAUCUGUCCGAAAUUUGAUUUUUUUUAUGAAUAGUGUCCGAAGUUUGAUUCUUUUUCGUUUGAUUUGAAAAGCAUUUUUUUCGAUGAUUUUUUUAUGUUUUCAAUGAAAUAGGUACCAAAGUAGAAAGCUUAGUAGCAUAUUGAACUAAUUUAUUAAAAAUAUCAACCAAAUAAAACCUGUGCAUAAAGUUGAGAUCUGUUUUCUGCAUCAUAUGCCUUAAGUGUCCGAAAUAUGAUUCAGAACGGUAGUUGGGUAGAUAGUUUCAUCGUUCCUUGGUAGAAGACUCAGAGCAUAGCAGAUGAAAUAACAUUGUAUAAACGUAUCAGACACUUCGUUGAACUUUCUACAGCUGACGUCCAGGGGAUAGUUCACACUAUAGGGGGUGCGAUGAUUCGAUGUGGACUACAUUGAACGGAGACCAGAUUUGUACCCCGUAUUCUAACAUAGUAGGCACCAAUGAGCAGUACAGAGUUUUUAGACAAUAUAAAUUAUCGAAGAACUUCGUGUUUCGCUUCAAGAAACCUAGCAUGGAAUAUGCUUUCGCGAUGUGUUCCGUAAACCUUAAUUUAUUGUCUAUGAGAAUCCCCAGAUUAUUCACGGUACUCGUUGCCAUUUUGUAGUCGAAGACAAUCGGUGUUCGUGAGCGACUGAAUGAAAUCACACAACAUUUGCUGAUAUUGAUUUUCAUUCCGUUCAAACUGCACCAUUCCAGAAUCAUGUCGAUGUCCGAUUGCAGCGCACAAGCGUUUGAACUGCUCGAUAAAACUUGAGAUCGUCUGCAUACACAGAUUUCGGUGAUUUCAGCGGUUUACAGAUGGCGUUGAUGAACAGAACGAAGAGCAACGGCCCAAGACACUGCGAGGCAGAGGAUACACCACCAAUUUUCACCGAGGACCAUCGUGUCUGCCACUCUGGAAGUCCUAUUCUCCUGAACUUUUCAACAGCUAUGUGUGCGCUUUGUCGAAAGCUUUGGCGAAAUCAUCAUAAACAGCGUCGACUUGCUGCCGCUUUUCCAUUUUGUCCACCAAAGUCGAUACGAAACUUAACAGUAGUCGAGCGUUUUUUCAUGAAACCAUGUUGGUCGGCAGAGAUUAUGCAUUUCGUAGACUAGUAGAGCACAUCGUAAAAGCGUGCAACUGCUUCGUCCACUGAUCUAAUUCCAAGUAAUUGCUCCCAAUCGACUUGCUGAAUUUUCUCAUUGAGUGCAAUCAUGUCACAACAAUGAAAAUUAAAACGAUCAAUCUUUUCUUCGAUAAAACUGUGCAUAUCAUCGAGCCUCAAAACGAUCGGGUUCAGUUUCUACAUUCAGUAGGGGCAGUAGUAGCUCGAAAAUAUCUACGCUAGCUUCCCUACUAGUAAAAACCAGAUCGAGUAGCCUGCCAUUGUUGUUAACGAAAUGAUUCUGCUGCUGCAGUCCGGUAACCAGCAUAGAUUCUACGAAGGGUGUCCAAAAAUUGGUUUCAGUGCCUCAGAAAUCGCCGAAAAAUAAAGUUAAGACAAAAUACCAGGUGAUUUUCGUAAUCGACGUUUCAUUUUCUAUUUUUCUACAUAAUAGCCGUAACGUUCGAGGCAUUUUUCAUAGCGUGGCACGAGUUUUUCUAUUCAGAGCGCGAAGCGCGUAGCUUCCAACUUUUUGAAGUACGAUGUAUCUGCGUCACGAAUUUCUUCAGUGUAAUCGAAUCGUUGACGCCUGUUUCAUCACCGGGAAUAAGUGAUAGUCGCUGGGGAGUGAGGAGUAUGCUCGAACACAGUCCAUUUGCAUUUGAAUUUUGAAUUUUCAAUUGCUCUUGAGUUACGCGAGCAGAAUGCCGCGCAUUAUCGUGGAUUAGGAACACUUCUUCCGUCAAUAAGCCUGGCCUUUUGUUCUUAAUUGCGGUUCUUAAUCGGUUCUUCACAAUAGUACGGUGAUGAAACAGGCGUUCGGCGGUCAACGAUUCGAUAACACUGAAGAAAUUCGAGACGCAGUUACAUCGUACUUCAAAAAGUUGGACGCUACGCACUUCGCGCUCGGAAUAGGAAAACUCGUGCCACGCUAUGAAAAAUGCCUCGAACUUUACGGCUAUUAUGUAGAAAAAUAGAAAAUGGAACGUCGAUUACGAAAAUCACCUUGUUUUUUGUCCUAACUUUAUUUUUCCGCGAUUUCUGAGAUACUGAAACUUAUUUUUUGAGCGACCCUCGUAUUAAAGUCAACUCCGAUCAGUAGAUGCAUUCAUUGGCAAGAAACAUGUCCCCGUCAUAUUGCCAGCAUAAUUUUGACAGAUUGUAAUCACCUAUCACAACCAACUCAUCACGAUUCCGUGCCGUCGAAGCAAUUUGCUGUAUACAAGUUGAGAGCAUCUCAUAAAGCGAAGGGUGAAAAUUCGGAGGUAGAUAAACUGUGGCGACAAAAAUAUUAAGGUGAAGAUGGAAGCAAGCUUUGUAGUAGUAUAGUAGUAUAUGUGUAAAAAUGGGGUAAUAGUGUUGGUGAGAGAAGAGCAAUUUGUUUCGUUUGUUUUGAUCUUUGUACGUAAAUAGAUCAAUUCCCUUAUCAGACUGUGAGGCGCUUCAUUGACACGAGUCUUAGAAUACAUUUGAAAAACAUAACAAUUCAAUACUGAAGUAAAAUAUAUGUACGAUGUGCUCCGAUGAACAAUUGCAAAUAUAAAUAUAUAUAUAGAAUAUGUAUUUGCAUAUGAAGUAAAAUUCUGAUUAUACGCGAGCGUAACAUGAGCAAAUUUAUAACACUCAUUUCUCUUCAUCAACUUUUUCUUCAGUUAAUAGCUCAAUUACAAAAACGUUCCAAUUUGAGUUUGCUAUAGAAUACGAUAGAUGAGGUUUUGACCUAUCUUCCACAUUGUUAAUUACAGCUGAGAAUGAGUUUGCAGCUAAGUUAUGACCAAAAGAGAGAGUCGAUGUAGAGAAAUCGAUCUAAUCACUUACACCCCUUUCAUUCUAAGCCCCUCAUUUGUAAUACUGUCAUGUUGUACUACUAUCAGUGAUCUUCCAAACCUUUAUUGGCCUGAGGUAUAUUACAGAGAUGAUGUAUCUGACACUGAAGUUGAUGUUAAUUUUGAUGAUUUUAUUAGAGUUCUUCAACAUAAAAAUGGAAGCAGUAUUGUUAACUAGUAAGGUGCAAAGUGUUAUAAAAAAUAUAGAGGGUUAUGUCCAAGACAAGAUCGCAUUGUUAACACAGGACUACCACUUAACACUUGUUUAUCACUUCGACUGGAGAAACAGUGCUUUGCUGCUCUGUUUGUCCCAUUUGCUAUCACCAUAAUAGUUUGGUCAACUUCGUCAUUCACCUCUUUCAUGAAAACAAGCGAAAGUCCGUGAUUGCGGAACAAAGAGGACGUAUACCUAAAACAAUGCGAACAUGGUUGAUCCGUGUGACUGCCACAGGAAGCACAAUUCUAAGGAUGUUUGUUGCCAGGUAAAGGUGUUGAAAAAUGCUGCCAAACGAAUGAAGCACGAAUUUCUGCAUAACUCGAGAACUAAUUAAGCAAAUGGAACUAAAUUUGAUGCUAGAAUAAGCGUUAUAAAAGAUCGCAAACAGCAGUGGUCCUAAAUUUCCGCCUAGCGGAACUCCCUAAGAAACAGCAAACGGAGAUGAAGUGUUAUACUGGAGCUGGUCGUGGAGCGUUCUCCGAUAAAGGUAUGACCGUAUUGAAUAGAGUUUACAAACCGUGAGCAAACGUAUUGUGUUUUGCUUACAAACAAGGAUCUAUCUUUGAAUUUUUCAUCAGUUAAAAAAUAUAGGUAUAUGAGCUUCACUGAACGUAUAUGAUAUCGCCUCGCUAUGUUUCACAACAAGAUGACUGUCGAUAACAUUUUGUAUACAAAAACGGGACUUCCUUCGUGAACAGAAUGCACAGGAUAGUUCGAGGGGAAAUUACACUAUUCGAACAAUAACAAUAUAGAACUCCCACACCAAUCAAAUAUUGACCUUCGAAAUCCUAUAAACAUCUGAAGAUAACCUUUAACAUCAUGAUAGAUAGAAUAAUACAUAUCCUUCAUUCCACAACUAAGAAACUAAAGAAACUUUGUUUUACAUAUCAUUGGUAAAUAGCUAUGAACACGAUAUUUAUGUUUGUGCUAUCAGCGAACGACAGCUAAAACAAUGUUCCAUUCAGUAAAGAAUAUUUAUCAAUAUGUAGUUCAUUAUUUUUAUCACUUCAAAUCUCAUUACAUAUUUCAUCGACUAAUCUUCGCAUUUGUGAAUAUUAUCGGACAUAUGCUACUUUUUCUCACUCAAAAUUAAACCAGUAGUAUUACUAGAGACUAAAGCAAAGCGAAUGGAACCAGAGUAUGACAAUAAGCAAUUUUUGAACAACAAAAUCCUCGACUCUUUCUAAAUGAAAUCGCUUUACAGUUUUCGAUACAUUUUAUAGUAGAAUUAUUAACAAACCCAGUUUUUCCUCGCAGUGAAAAGGUACAGAAAUACAACAAAUCAAAAUGUUACGCUUAAGCAUUGUAUAGCAAACAUGCUCUUCUUCGAUUGAUGCGAUAGUGGAUAUACAAAAACUUUUCGAUAGACGCAAGCAAAAAAAAGGACACUAUGAUUAUUGGUAGUAACGUUUGUUCAACUAAAACAGUUGAGGUAGCGUAACAAUAAAAUACUAACAUAACAAUACUGAACUUGUUUUUCAAAAUUAUUUUCCUCCAUUUCAAUAAUUCAUUCCAAUUUCAUUUCAAGUGUGAGAUGUUCUCUUGUUAAUUUGUCUAUACAGCUACUGCUUUACAGCCCUUGGACAAGACUUUACCGAGUCUAGGUGAUACGCGAUCUUCUAACAUAGUGCAGGAACAGGUGAUUCUCAUCGAACUAAAUGAAUCACACGAGAAAUCAUUCCGAAAGGUUGAGUGCAAACAUAAAAUCAACUUCCCGUCAUCGAUCACAACGGAUGUUCUGGAUGCAUGAUCGAAUAUUGGUACUAUUAAUACUAUUAAGAAAUACCGAACGUCUAUGGCUAGUCAUGGACAAAUACAACUUCCUCGGAACACUGACACUGGACUCUUCAAAAUGAUGGCUCCAAUAAACUAUUUUCGUUUGUUCCUAAUUAUAUUUUCCGUAUGAAAGAUAUAUUAGCGGUAAAAAUAAAUUUUGAGGGUAUGUUUCAAUGAAAAUUAAUUCAGAGAAAUUGGUGC